AUGAACAAUACUUCUGUUUCUACGACGUUGUCCGGAGUGAAGAAAGGUGCAUGGACUAAAGAAGAAGAUCUUCUUUUAAGAAAAUGUAUUGAGGAGUAUGGAGAAGGAAAGUGGCAUCUUGUUCCCAUUAGAGCUGGUCUGAAUAGAUGCAGGAAGAGUUGUAGACUAAGGUGGCUGAAUUAUCUAAGGCCAAUUAUAAAGAGAGGUGACUUCUCCUCAGAUGAAAUAGAUCUUAUGUUGAGGUUUCAUAAGCUUUUAGGCAACAGGUGGUCACUUAUUGCAGGGAGACUGCCGGGAAGAACAGCAAACGAUGUGAAAAACUACUGGAACACUCACUUUCAAAAGAAGUUAAAUACUAUUGUUCCUCUUCAUCAUCAAAAGAUUAACAAUAAGUGCAGAGCCAUUACUAAGAAUGAAAUAAUAAGCAAUUAACCUCUAAUCAAUUACCGAUAGGAAACUAAUAAUGCUUCGUCGUACUGCAGCAACAAAAGUAUCACAAACAAUAUUAGUACUACCGAUGAAGGGAAAAUGAUUAUGGAGAAGCCCAUUGUUACGGCAGAAGAAGAGGACAACGUCCAAUGGUGGUCAAGUUUAUUGCAAGCUGCUAACUCCUCAUCAUUAAAGAAGAGGUCUGAUGAGGAGAUACAAAGUUUGUUGGACGAGGAAAUAUUACCAGCAAUAUCCAACCCCGUGCAUGAGGAAAUACUACCAGCAAUAUCCAACCCCGUGCAAGAAGGAGAUAUUGGUAGGGAUGAUUUUUUCGUUGAUGUUGACCUAUGGGAUCUACUUAAUAUCUGA